AUGGCGACAGCGACAGCCUUUUCAAAUGCUACUUCACUCAAUUCCCUACGCCGCUUUCCCCGCAUCUGGCUCUACGUGGUCCUCGCCUUUAUUUCCUUCUUCCUAUUUCAUCAAAUAGUCAUUCAAAGGCAAGAUGUCCUUCCUAGCAUAUCUGCAAUGAUGGGAUCUGAUGCGAUGUCCAAUAGAGAACCUAUCGCCAUCAAGCCUGGCGAUCUGGGGCACAACUUGCUUGAGGUGAGACCCCAAGACGAUAAGUCCCCUUUUGCGCACGAACCAGUGGGCCUUGGAACACUCCGCGAUGUUCGCGAGGACAACUUUUACCGUGGUGGUGUUUUAGCGCUGAAUCCCGGUAGCGACAAAGCUCCAAGCCCCGUGAUUCUCGAUCCUUACCCAGAUUACAAUGGCAAAGAAUGGCGCGACACAUUCGCUGGCAGCUUCCGUGCUUGUGAAGGACCGAGGAGGAAUACAUUGAACCGCCGAAACCCUGAGGAUAUGAUGACUGUGUAUCCGGGUAUCCAAACUGAUUUCCCGCCUUCAUUAAUCGGUUCCUAUUCCGCUUUACAACUCGAUGCCUCAGUUUGCACUAGCCGACACUCGAGACUCGGCGCAUACGGAUACGAAAGCGACAGCAACGACAGUUCAAAUGUUUGGCUACCACCGAAAACCGACUGGGAUAGUGUUCCAUGGGGGAGGCUUCAAUCGCAAUGUCUCGACAGAAACGCAGAUAGAUAUGUUGGAGGCCAGGCCAAUUUGCAAGCUGUGCACUCUCUACCUACUCGCCCCACACAAGAAAUCCCCAGCAGUCAGUCCGAAACUGGCAACCCUCACCACAAAACACGUUCAGCUGUGAUUCUCCGUGCAUGGCACGAUAUGGAAUGGACCGAGAACCUCAAGCAAAGCAUUAGGGCUCUGAUCAUGGAACUAUCACUACACUCCGGUGGUGAAUAUGAAGUUAUUAUUCUGUGCCAUGUGAAGGACAGGAAAAUAAAUAUCAACCUAGAAGGUGCCGAUGCCCUCAAUCUUAAGGCCCAGUUUGUGCCGCGUGAAUUUUUGGAUAUGACCAUUCUCUUCAAUGACUUUACACUCGAGUCAUGGUAUCCCAAGGUCGAAGAGCAUAGCACAAUCAUCCAAUACUGGCAGCCAGUUCAAAUUCUUUCUCAAACUGUGCAGGGAUAUGAUUAUUUCUGGCAGUUCGAAAUGGACUCCAGGUUUACCGGCCAUGCCUAUCACUUUUUAGAACGAGUCGCCGAGUUCGCCAAGGCACAGCCUCGGAAGUAUCUCUGGGAACGAAACUCCUACUUUUAUAUUCCAGGUGCAUAUGGCAUCUGGGAGCAAUUCAAACAUAUGGUUUCCACUUCUUUAACAGGAAAAGAGAGUAUCUGGGGACCAAUGGACCUCUCUAACAUCAUCGCAGAGGGUUCCGUGAAUACCGAACCCAUGGUUCCAGUGGGUCCCAAACCCCCUGUCGUCUCCCCAAAGACCGACAAAUAUGAAUGGGGCGUUGGCGAAGAGAGCGACCUCAUCACAUUCCUACCCAUCUUCGACCCUAUCCGCACGGCCUGGGUCUUCACAAACCACAAGUGGGGCGUUAAAGAUGACGUCCCCCGACGAGCCUCCCCCGUCGCCAUAGGACGAAUCUCGAAGACACUCGUGCAACAAAUGCACAACAUGCAGAGCAAGUGGGGAAUCGCCCUCGCUUCCGAAAUGACCGCGCCAACCGUCGCGCUGUGGCAUGGUUUGAAGGCCGUGCAUGUUCCCCAUCCCAUCUUCGCGGAUGGAAAAUGGACAUCAAGGGAGUUAGGCCGCAUCAUGAAUCCCGGACCAGCCGAGAAAAUCAAUGGUGGUGAGGAUAGUAUCUGGAAUUGGGAUCACCACUGGGACCAUAUUCUAUAUCGCCUGACUUACCUGUUCUCCACAUUGCCGUCAGAGAACCUGUACCGAAGAUGGCUUGGUUUCAAGGUCGAUCCUGAUCAGUAUAUCGAUGGUACCUUCCACCAGGAUCCUCAGGGUAGGAACUGGUUUGAAACGGGUGACUUGCGGGAGGACUUAUAUGGUCCACUUUGCUUCCCGUCUAUGCUUCUUCAUCCCGUCAAAAAUACCGAGGCUAUCAAAGGCAAGGGAAUGGCGGUUCCUGUUUAG